CGGCGGAAAAGCCAUGGGAACUAGCAUUGCAUAACGACGGCAAUAUGGCGGCAGGAAGAGUGUUUCGUCUAACCCAACUCAACGUUCACUCUUCGCUUAGCAAAUCCGUUCUUAACCGGGGAUUUAACUGUUCAGAAAGACGUGUGUUUAGCUCAGGCGCCUACAGGUCAAACGGUUUUGACAGAGACCAUCGAUUGGCUGCUAUUUUGGCUGGCAGUUGUGGCUUAGCUCUUGCUGCUACUGGUGUUUUUACCUACCGCGUGCUUUGUAAUGAUACAAAAGCUCGACCGAUCAAAGUUUCGGAGAGCGAGUCAGACACAGGUUUUAUGCCAGGAGUGCCGAAACUAACAGUCACCCUGUAUCAAUAUCAAAACUGCCCCUUCUGCGGAAAAGUGCGAGCGUUUCUUGAUUAUUAUGGAAUUGAUUACACUAUCGUGGAGGUCAACCCGCUGUGGAAAAAAGAAAUCAGCUUCUCCAAGUACAGGAAAGUACCGUUUAUUUUGGCAAAUGGUAAGCAGGUGAGUGUUUUAGUUUAUAUGACAGAUGAGUCGAGAAAAGUUGCCCUGUAGUCUGUAGUUAAGCAUCAGUCAAGCUGCGCCUAGCGCUCCCCCCAAUGCCGAGUGCAAAUAUUGCAGUAAAAUACAGACAAGGACCUCCCGCUCAAACAACACAUUUUAAAAAUUCAGACUAGGAGUGUACAUAUAUGUCAACCCCUAGUUAACCUGUGAUCAGGCGAGGGAAAAAAAGCCUUUUCCAUGUGUGCAUUUCUCAAUUCCACAGACCCAACUAUCUCUACACGUAGUCUGCCUGUAGGCCAGAAUUCCCCUUUCCCUGUCGGCCAACUUUCACGCUAUCCCCUCAAAAAGAGCACCUGAUUGUAGAUUACCUCCUAGAUGGCCUCUUGAUUACCUUCCCCUCUUCUGCAGUCUCUAAGCCAGAUCCCAGAGAAGCCAUUACACUUUAUCCUCUCCACCCGUCUCCACCCACCUCUUUGGUCAUGAGGUAGGAUCUUCCAGUGAAAAAAGAUCAGAAAGUAGAAAACUGUGAAAAUGAAUAAGGCUCCUUGUUUGAAGGCUGGAAGUUCAGCAAAAUCAACUUGUACAUGUUGCAAAACAACCAGUUAUCCUGGCAAACACUAUGUAACAGUACAACUUCUAGCCACACAAUGGAGUGUUCUUAUUCAAUGUGACACAAAAUGAUGUGUCAGAGUAUUCUGCAGUUUCGCUCAGGGCUGCAUGAUGAUAAUGAAAUGACGUAAUAAAGAACCCAAAUCAGAACUGAGGUUUGUUUCAGACUCUGAACUUCCUGCUGGAUUACUGUGACAAAAAGUUUCGGGAAAUUCCAAUAUAUUGGAAGGUUAAUGGAACAGGAAUUUCCAGUUUAUUCCAGUGGAUGUUUUUCAGGAGCAACUUGGCAUCUAAAAGGUUUUCCUGUUUUCGCAUUGGGUAUGUUCCAAAGAGAAAUCCAUCUUCCACUUCUUGUAACUCACCCUUGACUUUAGGUGAAGUGUAAAAUUUUAUAUACAUCAACAGACCAGAGCUCUUGACCAGAGUCUGAAGAGAAUAACAUCAUCAGAGUCGAAUUUUUGUGGCUAAGUGCAGUUUUCUCUCUUGCUGGACAUCACCAAUGGAGGAGUUAAGAGAGGCCAAUGGUUGCUUUGAAAAAAUGAGACCUGUUUCAACCAUACUUUCCAGUAUAAAUUAAUAUACACAUACAGAAUAAAGAAGGCCAAUGGGCCUACAGGAUGAACUGUAUUCAGCCUCAGGGCUUGAAUAUAAGUGAUUUUUUUACAGCCAGAAUAGGGCAACUAGGUCUCGCGUCCGGUAAGAGCGCGCGCGUGCUUAUCUUCCUUUGCAGCGCGUGCAAGUUUUCAAAUUUGUUCAUUAUCAUGUAAUAAUGGUGUCUGAUGCUUGUAAUGGCCAUUCACCCUGAUGAAGGCCCUUUAACACGGCCGAAAUAUAGGUGAGAGACGAAAAACAUAUUGUUUUACUCUUCACUUGUGGUACUGUAUUAUUUUAUUGAGUUGUGAAGGGAGUGUCUUCUAACUAAAAGAUGCUUGUGAUAGGUCAUACAUAAUAAUCUGUAUAGAUCUAGCUAAGUUAGAGGUUAUUGUGUCAUCAACAGGUUAAUGACUCCUCAGUGAUCAUCAGUGUUCUUCGUUCUUUUAUGCUGGGUCAAGACUCUGUUGAACAGAUGCUAGUCUAUUACCCUGAGAUGACAUUGCAAGGAGAUGAUGGAAAAGAAAAGACUGAAUAUGCUAACAAAUACUUUAUCAUGCACAAAGAAGCUGUGGACAAAAAAUUAAUGGAAAGAGAAAAGUAAGUGAAAGGCAUAAUUAUGAUUAGAAGGACUCUCAAAAUUGUGAAGCUGUAUGGAUGCUUCAUUCUCAAGCCUACCUUUCUAAUCCAUAAUUAUUCCAAAUUUAAUGUUUAGUGCCAGCAGGUUACUGACAAUUCAGAAGAGGAGGAAGUUCUAAAAGGCCAACAUAUUGGCAGAAAAGUGUGAAACUGAACUGGAAUUUUUCAGAUUAGUUGCAGGGAAACAAGGAAAAACUGUCCAAGGGGGAAAUGAAUUAUUAUUAUUAUGAUUAAUCAAAAAAACUUGCAAUUUUUAUUAAAAUUAACAAAAUGCAAUUCAUUUCAGAGAAGAAAGAAAAUGGAGGAAGUGGGUUGACAAUACAUUUGUUCACACACUCUCACCAAACAUCUACCGCACAGCAUCUGAGGCCCGCCAGGCAUUUGAGUAUUUUACCAAACAGAGCAACUUCAGCUUUUUUGAGAAAUACUCAACUUACCUCGCAGGACCAGUUGUCAUGUACUUUAUUGGAAAACAUGUGAAAAAUAAGUGAGUACAGUUCCUUAUUUUCUUUACUUUUUUUCCUGAUUAGAACUGUCACAUUGUAGUUCUGCAGAGGAUGACAACAAAAUCAUUGUUUACCAGAACAUGUGAUGUACAUGUGGUUAAUGUUUUGGUCAUUUGCCUUUUGUUUUUCUGACAAUGUUGAUGCUGUUAUCAUUGACUUGUUGUGUUAUGUUUGAGAAAUUUCAUUGGAAUUGAAUUGCUUGUUUGGUUGUUAACCUUUUCAGUGAUUUUAGUGAUGUUUAUUUUCGGAUCCUUGCUUUCUUAGAUACAAUCUACAAAGUGAUGUUCGUGCUGCAAUGUAUGAGGAAGCAGAAAAAUGGAUGCGUGCUGUUGGACGAAGGAAGUUUAUGGGAGGCAGUGCUCCCAAUCUUGCUGACCUGGUAUUGCUAUACUAUUAACAGAAAUUAUAUUAGAAGAUAAUGCAACAUGUUUGUUGGUAAAUAAGCACUGAGGAACUCCUGACCUACAGUAUGAACAAUAUUCUUGUACCUCUGAAGUGGUACAAUCAAUCAGUUUACUACUUGUGUUUCCUUUAUUAAACAUCCUAUGAUUUGAGAAAUUAUGUAAUCAACAAGUCACGAGCAUUGGACUAAGAAAAAGUCUCAGUCCUUGACAGUCAAUGCUCUAACCACUGAGCAGCGAAGGACUCAUGGCGAGCUGGGCCAUAUACAAGGUUCAUGUAUGACAUGCAUCCUGCGUACUGCUACAUGUAGGAUCAGCAAUGUCAAAAUAGUCUUGAGUGUGAAAAAUAAAGAUGGUAAAUUUUUAUUUCGCAUUGCUGAUCUCAUUUCUUCACAUAGCUUAAAAUUUACCAUCUUUCUUUAUUUAUCCGAUGAUUUUUUUGCAUUUACAACUUAAUAUAGCAUGUUCAUAACAUAGGUCAUCUGCAAACUGUUUUGAAUGUUUGGUGUGCCAGAAAAUGUACAAUGAAAUAAAAAAGUUCGAAUUUGGAGGCAAAAAAUGGGCUAAAUUUCAAUUAAAGCACAGAAAAGCUUAAAGUCCAUUUUAUUUGGGAGAUUUGGUGACCUGUAUGGGAGAGCGUGAGAUCAGUGCCAUGUCCGGGGGACUCCUGGUUGGCGUAUAUGUUCACCUGGACGAUCAAUGUUUCACCUACUUGUUAUUAUGAAUUAAAUGUUGUUAUUGUUUUCCAGGCAGUUUAUGGUGUGUUAAGUGGCUUGGAAGGGCUUGAUGCUUUUCAAGAUCUAAUGACACACACAACAAUGAAACCAUGGUAUGACCGGGUGAAAGAAACUGUAAAGACACACACUGGAGCUCAGACUCUUUAAGAAUCAUUCAGCAGUGAUGGUGCAGAAGUAUCAGCCAUGGAUAUUUGGACAACUGGACCAUGGACAGUUUUCAGCCAAGCAUGAUGUUCUGUAAAACUGUGAAUAAAACUUACAAAUAUAACCAGGAAGUAGGAUUUCACUUUGGAUAAUGUUCUAAGCUGAGAUCAGGCUCUUUUUUCAUUUUGCUUUGGUAAAUAAAAUUCCAGCAGACAAGGCAAAAUGAAAAACAAGAUAGCCUGGUACAGAUCUUUUAUGAAAGGUCUACUGCUACUAUUUUUUAUUGAUUGCCUUUUUUUCAAAACAGCCAAUAAAAAUAACUUCCAUUAACACGCUUUAGUAUGCAAUUUUUGCUAAGAUCAUUCACAAAGAUUUUCAAGAAAUGCACAAGGAACUUAAUUUGAUAUCAACAGCCAAUCUGAUCCUGCGGCAUUGUUCCAACAGCCAAUCAGCAUAGCAGUAACAAAUCUGGCUGCAGUGGUACAAAUAUGUAAGACUUUGUUUCAGGCCCAGUUUUAGUGAGACUAUGUGAUGUUUGAAAGCUGCUAAGUAAAUUAAACCUGAUUUCAGGUUAAUCAUGUACACAUAUAUUAUAUAUCAUUACUCUGUAGGUAAAGGAUACUGAUCCAAUGCUGCUACCUCUAUAUGUACUCAAUCCUCUACUGUGAUCAGUGUUAUUAUUUUAAUUUUUUUUUUCAUUUUCUGGCGUUCUUGUGUGGAACGUAAGGAAAGUAUGUGUAACUUAAUUUGAUUGAAAAAAGUGUUCUUAAAUUAAUAUUUGAUUCAGU